UUAAAGAGACUAGCUGGGAAUUUUUUGACAAAUUUUGAAAACGCUAAUGGUAAACUUCUACAGUUGAGUCCUCGUCAAUCCGCGAAUGACAGGCGGCUGAUUGAAGUCUUGGUUCAUUUUCUUAUCGUCAUGAAAUGUUUGCCUCACAAUCGGUUGCUGCAACCUCUUACGAACCUUGCUUUUAACCCAGCUUUGAUGAGG